CCCUCUCUCAUGGUUUAUCUCCCUUCUGCAGGAUGUUUCAGACGUUGUACAAUUACUUCUGGUGGGAUCGGCUUUGGUUGCCAGCCAACUUGACCUGGGAUGACCUCCAGGUCCAGGAUGACCAAGUUUACAGCAAAGGUGCUCAUCUCUUGUACACCAUUCCCCUGGGCUUCCUCUUCCUGGUCAUCAGGCACUUCUUCGAAAUCUACAUCGCCACUCCACUGGCCGGGCUUUUGAACGUCAAAGAAAAAACUCGAUUAAAAGCCACCCCCAACCCAGUGCUCGAGAAAUUUUAUUCCACUUCCUGCAAAGCCCCCAAACAGGGGGCUAUCGAGGCGCUGUCCAAAAAGUGUGGGUGCUCCCCCCGGCAGGUGGAGCGAUGGUUCCGGCGGAGGCGAAAUCAGGAUAGGCCCAGUUUGCUCAAGAAAUUCCGGGAAGCCAGUUGGAGAUUCACAUUUUACCUUGUUGCGUUCAUCGCCGGCAUGGCGGUCAUAGUCGAUAAACCUUGGUUUUACGACCUCAGAGAAGUGUGGGACGGCUACCCCAUACAGCCCUUGCUGCCUUCUCAGUACUGGUAUUAUCUCACAGAGCUCUCCUUUUACCUGUCGCUCUUGUUCAGCAUCGCCUCCGACGUGAAACGGAAGGAUUUCAAGGAGCAGGUGAUCCAUCAUGUGGCCACCAUCAUCCUGAUCAGUUUCUCCUGGUUCACCAACUACAUCCGGGCAGGGACCCUCAUCAUGGCUCUGCACGACGCCUCCGAUUACCUGCUGGAGUCGGCCAAGAUGUUCAACUACGCCGGCUGGAAGAACAUGUGCAACAACAUUUUCAUCGUCUUCGCAGUCGUCUUCAUUAUCACCCGCUUGAUCAUCCUUCCUUUCUGGAUUCUCCACUGCACCAUGAUCUACCCCUUAGAGAUGUAUCCUCCUUUUUUCGGCUAUUACUUUUUCAACAGCAUGAUGGUCGUCCUUCAGUGCCUCCACGUAUUCUGGGCCUACCUGAUCAUUCGAAUGGCUCAGAAAUUCAUAACUGGAAAGAUAGUGGAGGACGAGCGAAGCGAUCGGGACGAAACGGAUUACUCCGAGGAGGAAGAAAAGGCUGCCGCGGGCGCCAUGCCUGGCGCGGGAACCAAGAAUGGCCCGCUCACCAACGGGCACCCCGUCUUGAACAAUAAUCACCGGAAAGUAGAAUAAUUCCCCCACAGGCUCUGUUUUCCUCGAGUGCCCGUCUUCCUCUCUUUCUCUCUCUCUCUCUCUCUGGCUCCGGCUCACCCUGAGCCCGCAGCGAGGCGUCACCCGAGACUGGAGGGUGUUUGCGUUUUGUGGCCAAGCCAAAAAUUGGAGGAAAGACGGCUUAAAUUCGGGCACGGGGUUCCUCUGGCUACGAUUAUCCAGAAUGGUUUGCCCCGUUUUUUCUCCCCCCCGUCACUUUUGGGGCAGAGGUGGGGGGGCGGGCGUGCCGUGGUCCCUAUCGCCUGCUAAUCUGGCUUGGAAGGAAUUAUUCCCCCAUGAGACCCCCCCCCUCUUCCUCCUCCCGCUUGCUCCCCCCUCCCCCUUCACCAAACUGCCUUAAAAUCCCAUCGGGGAAACCAAGAUGAACUUCGGUCCUUCCCCUCUCGCUGUUCGCCCCCAUUUUUCUCCCUCCUGAACCCCCCAAAUAAAAACUGAUCACUCAAGAAAAGGCAGGAAGGGGGGGAGAAAAAAAUCUCCCCCAUCGUGGUGAUGCCCGCCGCUGCCAGUUUUGCACCCGUCAAGAGGCGCCCACGGCGGAAAGUUCAUCUUAAGUUGCCAGUCCUCAUCAUGGAGGUUUCCUCUCUGUGCCAAAGGGCCGGCGGGUCGGAAAAAACGGGGAUCUCAACCGAGGCGGUUGGAGCGAAGCGACCGUCGGCUGAGAAUCUGCGCCCGCCUGGUUUUCCACGAGGAGCCUGGAUGUUUUUUUGGGGAAGGGUGGGUGGAAAAAAUGGAUUUUCCGCUUUCUUUCCCCCCCCCCCCGCCUUCUGCAACUUUGUCCUUUUUUUUUGGAGGGGGGGUGAUUUUUCUGUCCCGUGGAUGCUGCAAAAUUUGGGGAGGUGGGUUUGGUCUUUCGAACCGAAGUAGGAAUUCAUGUUUGGGUGACACAUUUGGGGUGAGAAGGGGAGACAAACCCACUGUGGCCUUAAUUUUCCUUCUCUGCCAAUGUCCACUAUCACUUUAUAUCGAACAAGCCAUGUUUUCCCCCCCUCUUAGGGGGUGGGUGGGAAUAUCUAGCUUUGUUAGCUGCACCAAACUUAAAAGCGGGGUUCAGGCGAGGGAGUCCCUGUCCCCCGAGAUCACUCUUGCACAUGGUUUUUGUAGUUGCCAAGAGCAGAAGUGCUGGGAAAGCCUUAAAAAUGCAGGGGAGGGGGGGUCUGAAAAGCUGGAUAGAAAGGUGGAGAGCAGGUAUGCCUGUCCCCCCUCUUGGGGUGGUGGGUUUCUGGAGGGGGUUUGGCUAAAUUCAAUAGGUCAACCACAGCUUUGGGUGUUAAAAGCCAGGUUUUUUUUGGGGGGGGGGGAAGGGAUUAUUUCAAUUUCUUUCUGCAAAAUGUUGAUUUUUUUUUUCACCCUGCUACCCUCAGUGGUCAUUUUGUUGGGUCUCCCCGGAUACGAACCCUCUCCCCCCCCCACAUCUCCUCCUUCUUUUCCUUCUCCCCCCCCCCCCCAUCCUCGCUCUUCAAAGGUACCACACACUCCGGAGAUCUUAAUUAAUGUUUAAUUUAUUAGGUAGUAGGCUUUUCAAUUCUAUCCCA